CGAGCUUUUUGUCUUGAUACCUCUUUGGGCAUCUCCAAGUCGCCCGCCUAGCUUCAGCAUCUUGUCAUAGCGACCGGCAGAAAUGCUUUUGAGCCCAUGAUUGACGACAACAUUAAUGCGGAGAUUGACGGCCCGGAGUUGGAGGAAGACCGGAACCAGGAACCGCCCCCCAAGAAGCCCAAAAGAUUCCAGUGCAAACACUGUCAGAGGCUGUUUGCGCGCCUAGAGCAUCUUCAGCGGCAUGAACGAACGCAUACCCGAGAGAAGCCUUUCGCCUGCAAUCAAUGCGACAGCAAGUUCACAAGAAGCGACCUUCUGGUUCGACAUGAGAGACUCAGUCACGAUGCUGAACGCUGGGGAAGAAAUGGUCGAAACGGUCAGAGCGCUGCUGCUGCCAGUUCAACACCAUCAUCUACAAGUCGAAAACGCCGGAACACCGAUGACCACCACGCUUUAGAUCUCCCCGACCCCCCCAGCAUGACCUCCAGCGAUUUCAACGCCUCCCAGAGCAUGGUUCCCAGCUAUCUACCCGCAAAUUCGGGGCAGAAUACGGGCAGCACGCCAAAUGGCCAUGACCUUUCCUUUGCAACCUUGCUCAUGGCUGCGGAACAUGCUCGACCUCAGGAUUCCCAAGCCCACGCUCCCCUGCGACAGCCGAACCCUCUCGCAACGCCGAUAUUCCCUGUACAGGACCAGUUCCUACCUGAGCCGACUCCCCAAGCUUCCAUUCCGGCUCCCUCAGACCAAGUCAAUGGCAUUGUGGGAUUUGAUUUCGAGGACUCUCUUCAAGAUCUGGCAAACUUCAUGGACAACGGCGCUCUAUCUUCUUAUCAUUUUUCUUCGAUGAUCAGCGCCGAACAGCCCAUUCCCUUCUUCUCACCUGAGUCCUUUACCCACACGACCGACGUGCUUCCAACCACCGAGCCUCGUCAGAUCUCACGCCCUGUAUCUCGCGCACUCCCCAACCCAGAUCACCCUGAAGACUCGGGCUCGUUCUCGCGCUUCGGGUCUCGUUUACCAUCGCUGCAACCGGAGGAGAGUCCUUCGGCGCCGCAAAGUGAGCAGAACAGCAUCCAUCGUCCAUUAUCCGACAUCAACAUCGAAGACCGGCAAAACGUCUCUUUGAAGUUGGCGGAGUUUGCUCACGUCGUGCCCAACACCUUCCAACUCCCGUCUCGGCUAGCACUAUCAAGAUAUCUGGCCGGCUAUGUCAAUGGCUUUCACGAACACCUGCCCUUCCUCCAUAUCCCCACGUUAUCAGUGAAUAAUAGUUGCAUCGAGCUUAUUCUAGCAAUGGCCGCCGUCGGUGCACAAUAUUGCUUCGAGGGACAAAAAGGCGUUGAGCUGUUUUCUGUCAGUCAAUCGAUAGCCAUGCAACGCAUCCGCCAGAGAGAUGCCAGAUUGGCCGCCUUCCAUCGGUCGGCAGAGGUAUCACCGCAAUAUUCCGGACAUGGGAAAUCUAGCGACUUGGCGACAGGAGAGACACCGCGCAGUGGCUCCAUGUCGGGAUGCUUGGGCCUGCCAUCGCAGCCAGAUUUCGACUCUGGGUUGCAGAAAGAAGAUCUGAUGCAAACAGCACAGGCCCUGCUGUUGCUCAUGGCGAUGGCAACUUGGGCUAAGCACCGAGAAAUCCUUCGCGAGGCACUUGCAAUACAGAGCGUUCUAGCAACCCUGGUGAGGGACGACGGUUUCAAGAGUCAGCCAAUGCCCGAAGACAUUAGCUGGACAGAUUGGAUUCGACGAGAGUCAAUUAAACGCACCAAAUUCAUUGUCUUCUGCUUUUUCAAUCUGCACACCAUCGUCUAUAACGUUCCUUCGCUUAUACUGGCUUCCGAAGUCGAUCUCACCUUACCUUGCAACGCUGCGGAGUUCAAGGCACCAACUGCGAGCAAAUGGAAAGAGUUGCGGGCCCGUUCAGUCUCUGAGACCAGCUUUCAAACAGCCUUGCAUCGCUUGUUCUCUCGCAAUGGUAACGAUGUGACAACAUACAACUCUUCACUGGGAAAUUAUGUCCUCGUCCAUGCACUGUUGCAACAUAUUUUCUUCGUUCGCCAAAUCUCCCGAUAUCGACUUGAUCACGACGGCGAUUUACGAUCUGAUGACGUUGCUGCCAUCGAACAGGCCCUGAGAAAUUGGCAAUUAGCGUGGAAACGCAAUCCUGAAUCAUCUCUUGACCCGAUGAACCCGAACGGGCCAGUCACUUUCAACUCUACUGCGCUUCUGCGGCUUGCAUACAUUCGCCUCAAUGUUGACUUAGGACCCGGAAGAGCACUUGACACCCGCGACCCUGUCCAGAUUGCCAACGCCUUUCGAGACAGUCCUUCUGUCAAGCGGACACCGAAGCUCGUGCGAGCAGUCCUCCACUCUGCUCAUGCUUUGAGCAUACCGGUCAAGAUCGGCAUCCACCUCGUUGCCCAGACACAAACCUUCAUGUGGUCAAUCCAGCAUUCCUUGUGCACAUUGGAGUGCGCUUUUCUGCUAAGCAAAUGGCUGGAAGCAUUGAGCCUGCCAGACUCGGGUCCGGCGAUAACGAAUGAUGAGCGAAAGAUUGCGACCUUGGUGAAGACCAUGCUGGACGAGACAGAAUUUGCGAUGCCUGUGGACGUGGCCAUCGACUCGCCUGCUGCAAUGAAAUACCUCAGUGCGGGUGUGCUGAGAGUAUGGGCACAGGUGUUUCGCGGGGCUCAGACAUGGGCAAUCGUCGAUGUCAUUGGAACGAGUCUCAACAUUUACGCCGAUAUGCUCGAAGCAGGAUGAAGCGACUCUGCUGAGAGUCUGAGCUGUUACCUCUUUAUUGAAGUCUGCAGCUCGUUGCAAUCCCGCAAACGCCCCUUUUUGUGGCAGUAUUUGUCGUGGUGUAUGUUCAACAGCUCAGUGAAGUCAAACAGGGUCGCAACGCUCCAGGCAUAACGAGCGAUCUUCCUCACCGAGUCCAAGGGGGCUGGUUCUAGGUCUCUCGAGUCCUCCUCUGGCGAUGCAAUCCUUGGAGCCCAUCUGGGCUUAGUGGCCUGCGGACUGCCAGAACUUGCCGAAGGCUGGUCAGCGCAUGUAGCCAUUGCCCGUCGGGCAUCUGCUCCCUUGGGAAUUACUGCUACAUUUCCCGUUGCUCCGGUGUGCUAGAGGAACGACGCAAAGUCCGCGGCUGCAGUCUGAGCUCCUCGUACGCCACCCAUGCCAAUAGAGUGCUACGACUGGCAACCGAUAAUGCGAGUGGUGGUGGACGCUCGAGACAGGAGGUGUCGUAAAUAUGGCGACAGGCUCCAUGUCUAUCCAAGCAGCCUUACAGCCUAAUCAGCUUCGCUACGAUGGUGCUGUCGGCGGCACCACUUGCGCGCUGAUAAGAUGGUCGGCCGUUCGUCGUUGAUAGUAUCACGUCACAGAGCCGGCCCUCGGGGUAGCAGAUCAGAUCAGAGCACCGCACCGCACAGCACCCAGUGUUAGAUCUACUGUAGAACUAGGCGGAGACGAUUGAACAGCAGGGAAGUUGAAGCCAUAUAUCGGGGCGUGACACUUUCUAUUCCGGCUAAUUCUGCUCGUUCUUAUUCUCCCUGAGUGUCCC